AUGUCAAGUACGGCAGACUUCUUUGGGAUGAACAAUUACAACGCGACUUUCGUGACGCCAGGCCUCAGAGGCCACAACCCUUCCAAAAAGCGGGACACCGCCGUAAUUACAUCGGCUCCUGAGUCUCAUGCUUGGGGACUUCGGAAACAACUUAACUGGGUUGCCACUCAAUAUCCAGGAUAUCCGAUCAUUAUAACAGAGAACGGUCACUUGAAUCUCGGAGGACGCAACGACACUGACCGCAUCGAGUACUAUACUGAAUACCUCGGAGCCGUCUUACAGGCGAUAUACACUGAUGGUGUUCCGGUUAUCGGCUAUACGGCGUGGAGUCUCAUGGACAACGUGGAAUGGAACAGGGGUUUCACGGUUACGUUCGGGCUGUACGAGGUGGAUACUAGCAGUCCAAACAGGACGAGGACACCCAAGGAAUCGGUUGGCUUUAUGGCAGAAGUCUUCCGCACCAAGCAGCUGCCCAACCAGUACAAACAGUAG